UUCACCGCUCUCCGUCCCCGCGUCUCACCCGCACCCCUCAGCCUCCCUGCAGCUCGGGGCUGCGCGGACCCGGCGGGGUUUCGGCGCAGGCGCGGACCGGCGCGGUGCAGGCAGUGCGAGGGCAGCCCGGGUCCUUCGGCGCGGCGGAGCACGCGGCGGUGGCAGCGGGGCCAUGGGCGGGCUGGAGAAGAAGAAGUACCAGCGGGGCUCUGCCACCAACUACAUCACCCGCAACAAGGCACGCAAGAAGCUGCAGCUCAGCCUGCCCGAUUUCAGGCGCCUCUGCAUCCUGAAGGGGAUUUACCCCCAUGAGCCCAAGCACAAGAAGAAGGUGAACAAAGGCUCCACCGCGGCACGGACUUUCUAUCUCCUCAAAGACAUCAAAUUCCUCCUCCAUGAGCCCAUCGUCAACAAGUUCCGGGAAUACAAGAUCUUUGUCCGUAAGCUGAGGAAGGCAUACGGGAAGAGUGAGUGGGGCACGGCGGAGCGGCUGAAGGACAACAAACCCACCUACAAGCUCGACCACAUCGUGAAGGAGAGGUACCCAACCUUUGUGGACGCACUGCGGGACCUGGAUGAUGCCCUCUCCAUGUGCUUCCUCUUCUCUACCUUCCCACGGACGGGCAAGUGCCAUGUGCAGACCAUCCAGCUGUGCCGACGCUUGGCUGUUGAGUUCCUCAACUACGUCAUCGCCUCCCGCUCACUGCGCAAGGUGUUCCUCUCCAUCAAGGGUAUCUACUACCAGGCAGAGGUGCUGGGGCAGCCCAUCACUUGGAUCACCCCUUAUGCCUUCGCCCACGAUCACCCAACAGACGUGGAUUAUCGUGUGAUGGCUACCUUCACUGAGUUCUACACCACCCUGCUGGGCUUUGUCAACUUUCGUCUCUACCACUCACUCAACCUGCAUUACCCACCCAAGAUCGAUGGCCAAGCUGAGGUUGAGCUAAAGCCUGCGGAAGGCAAGGAGUAUGCCAUGGAUUCAGAGAGCUACUUGGAGAAACUGUCAGCUCUGAGUGCCAGCCUGGCACGUGUGGUGGCCCCAACCCAAGAGGAUGAUGUGGAGAUGGAUGAGUUCCCUGUGGAGGGGGAGACUGCUGAGCAGAUGGAUGCAAGGAGAAAGGAGCAGGAGGCCCUGGAGAAGCACAAAAAGCUGUUUGAAGGGCUGCGUUUCUUCCUCAACAGGGAGGUGCCUCGAGAGCCCCUGGCCUUCAUCAUCCGGUGCUUUGGUGGCCAAGUGUCCUGGGACAAGUCCCUGUGCAUCGGUGCCACUUACGAUGUGAGCGACCCAUCCAUCACCCACCAGAUUGUUGACCGGCCCCAGGUGGAGCAGCAGGUUGUGGGCAGGUAUUACCUGCAGCCUCAGUGGGUUUUUGACUCAGUCAAUGCCAAGCUGUGCCUCCCUGUAGCUGAUUAUUUCCCUGGUGUGCUGCUGCCCCCACACCUCUCACCCUUCGUGACAGAGCAGGAAGGAGACUACAUCCCUCCAGAGAAGCUGAAGUUGCUGGCCAUGCAGCGGGGCGAGGACCCAGGGGAAGAGAGUGAAGAGGAGGAGGAGGAAGAGGAAGAGGAGGAUGACAAUGAUAAAGAGGAGGAAGAGGAGGAGGAAGAUGAGUCCGAAAAGGAAGAGGAGAUGAAAUUGAAGAAGAUGGAAGAGCAGAAGACUCAGAGCAACAAGGCACUUCCCGUGAAGGUGACUGCUGGCAAAGUGCGGCUGGAGGACAAGCAGCGCCUGGAGCAGGAGCAGCAGAGUGAGGAGAAGCGCCUGGCCAUCAUGAUGAUGAAGAAAAGGGAGAAAUACCUCUACAAGAAGAUCAUGUUUGGAAAGAAACGCAAAAUCCGAGAGGCAAACAAACUGGCAGCGAAGAGGAAAGCCCACGACACUGCUAUGAAAGAGGAGAAGAAGAAAACCAAGAAGGCACGACAUGCGUGAUGAGACUUUGGGACCCCAAGGAGGGACUAACUCUUCCUGGCUGGAAUGGCUGCAGUGCCCAUCAUUUGUGGGUGAAAAACCCUCAGCUUUCCUCUUGGGACAGAAAUACUAAAUUAAAAUAUUGCCCAUCAGUAAAUACACCUUCUGCUGUGCCUUAUCCAGGACUCUCUCCACGCAGGAAGUGGAGGAGUGAUCGUCAGUGCCAUUGCCUGUCCUGAGAGUCAGUGAUGUGGGCACAUCCUCUUUGUGCUCUUUCAGCAUCCUUAGGGCAGCGUGUGGUGUCUGAAGAACUGGAGACUAAGGGAAGCUCUGGGCUCUUGCAGCUCCCUCCCUCUGGCAUUGCUCACUUUGCACACCUGCAGCCCUGGGAUGUGCAGACUGCCCCUGUUCCACCUGCUCUGGGGCUGGUGGCCUUGCUGGGACCUGGUGGUGAUGUGUUCAGAGGGGUGAGGGGUCCAGCAUGAGAAGCAGGCUUUGUGCUCAGCAUUGGAGAGGAGCCCCCCUGCCACCCAGAACUAAGCUGCUCUCCACUACCUGCUUUGUAGAGGUUGUAUUUGGCCUCUGCUAUUGUAUUGCAAUCUUUUUUUUUUUUUUUUUUUAAUU